AGUGCUGCGGAACUAUUUUGGUCAGGUACCGGAAGUUUCCAGGGUGACAUUUAGAACAGAACGAAAAAGAAAGCAUGGCUGUGCGUGUGUUGUAGCUCCCAUGCCCUUCUAGCGUGUGUGUUUUUUUUUAUAUUUAUGAGUAAGUGUGUACAUAAAAGAGCGCAAUGGCAGCGUGGAGCUGUCGGUUUCUUCAGCGGGGAACUCGACUCGUUUCUCUCCGAGCAGCAACUGAAAGCCCUGCCCAUAUGGCGAGUUGCAUUAGGACAGUAAAGACCACAACCUGGUUUGAGGAACACCUCACAGAGGAUAACCAGGAGUACAUGAGGAAGAGUAUGGCAGAAGAAUACAGAAGACAAACAGCUGAAAAGCUCAACCCACUCAAAGAUGAGCCAUGGGAGCGACAUGAGUGGACAGAGGGUAGCCGAAGAGUUGGAUUAAUAGCCGUAAAGUUGGGGAUGGCUCCUAUCUGGACGAAAACAGGAGAAAGACAUGUUGUCACCAUGUUACAGGUGCAGGACUGCCAUGUAGUAAAGUACCUGUCCAAGGAAGAAUAUGAUGGUCACACCGCGGCCCUUGUGGUAGGAGGGAAAAACGUAUCGCCAUUCCAUAGGUCUGAGAAGAAAAUUGAGGUGUUCAGGAAUGCUGGAGUGCCUCCGAAACAGAAAAUCGCCACAUUUAAAAUCUCCGACAAUGCCCUCAUCAAGCCAGGCACUCCUCUGUAUGCCGCACAUUUUCGUCCUGGCCAGUAUGUGGACGUCACAGCCAAAACCAUUGGUAAGGGCUUUCAAGGCGUAAUGAAGCGAUGGGGGUUCAGCGGGCAGCCGGCCAGCCACGGUCAAACCAAAACUCAUCGCAGACCAGGAGCUUCUGGACCUGGAGGGGAUCCAGCCAAAGUUUUCAAAGGAAAAAAGAUGCCCGGCAGGAUGGGUAACACAUACGUCACGGCUUAUGGACUGAAGAUAUGGAGGGUCAAUACCAAGUAUAAUGUGCUGUAUGUUAACGGCUCUGUCCCCGGCCACAGGAACUGCUUACUGAAGGUGAGAGAUACUGCACUCCCAACCAGGCAGUCCACCCUGCUCAACCCUCCUUUCCCUACCCACUUCACUGAAGAGGAAGGUGACCUGGACGAAGACCUGUACGACGACGACGUGUUCAUUCAUACAGAUCCAUCAUUAACACUGACCUGACCGCACACACGUCACAUUUCCACUUAAACACACAAAAUAUAUCUGGAUCCUGUAAUAAAGAGAAAUUCCUUUAAA